ACGCUCCUCCCUCCUGUCCUACACUUCAGCGCGUUAGCUACUAUACUGCAGAGCUCAGCUGUGAAAACUACCAACAUGAAAAAGGGGCGACAGAGACAGGGGUUUGAAAAGCUGCUUUGCUAUUUUUCUUAUAAGUCAAAAGGGCCAUCUGCUUAAAGGGAACUGAAAGCGUUAUGGUGACCUAAAUUAUGUGCUAAAUGCGUGUGAAAGAUUUGAUUAUUUUGAUUAAGUGCUUUGAAAGACACGAAAGGCAAGCGACAGCCUAAGUCACGUGAUCCGGAACAAGCUCCAUCCGGGACCUGGCGAUGACCCGCAAUGUGACCCUCAGCAUAGCAAACAUGGCGGAGCCCUCCUUUGGGAAUUCGAGCCCAGGUGAUUGUCCUUUGUCAGGAGGUUCAGCUGGCUCAGAUGACCAUGAAUUUGACCCUUCUGCUGAGAUGCUCAUUCAUGAUUAUGAUGAUGAACGAACCCUUGAAGAAGAAGAACUAAUGGAAGGGGAGACGAAUUUUAGUGCUGAAAUUGAGGAACUUGCUCGGGAAGGUGAGAUGCCAAUACAGGACCUUUUGAGUUUAUAUGGUUAUGGAAGUGGUGGAUCUCAUGAGGAGGAGGAGGAGGAGGAUGAUGAUGAAGAAGAAGAAGAAGGGGAGGAGGAGGAGGAGGAGGAUGGAGAAGAUGUAGAUAAUGAUGAGAACAGUGGGAGCACUGGGGAUCUGAAAAGGAAUAAGGAUGAGAGGGUUAAGGAUUCGUCUGGUCAAGAGGAUGAGACUCAGUCCUCAAAUGAUGACCAAACUCCAUCGGUCACUUCUCCUGAUACGUCAGAAUUAAUCCGAUCACGCAGAUGCAAAUAUUUUGAAGGUAAUGACCCUGAAGAAGAAUCAGAGGAAGAUGAAGAUUAUAUUCCAUCUGAAGACUGGAAAAAGGAGAUAAUGGUUGGGUCAAUGUACCAGGCUGAAACACCAUCUGGACUUUGUAAAUAUAAAGACAAUGAGAAAGUGUAUGAGAAUGAUGACCAGUUACUGUGGAAUCCAGAAUUCCUUUCUGAAGAUGCAGUUGUUGAGUUUUUGGCUGAGGCUUCCAAACGUACAGGUGAAGAAAAGGGAGUAGAUGCUAUUCCUGAAGGAUCUCACAUUAAGGACAAUGAACAGGCCCUUUAUGAGUUGGUGAAGUGUAAUUUUGAUGUUGAUGAAGCCUUGCGAAGACUAAGGUUUAAUGUAAAAGCAGCUAGAGAAGAACUGUCUGUUUGGACAGAGGAAGAAUGUAGGAACUUUGAACAAGGACUUAAAGCCUAUGGAAAGGAUUUUCAUUUGAUACAAGCAAACAAGGUGAGAACUAGAUCAGUAGGAGAAUGUGUGGCCUUUUAUUACAUGUGGAAGAAAUCUGAGCGUUAUGAUUUCUUUGCACAGCAAACCAGACUUGGGAAAAGGAAAUACAACCUUCAUCCAGGUGUUACAGAUUACAUGGAUCGUCUCCUCGAUGAGACGGAAAGCGCUGCAUCAAGCCGUGCUGCUUCUCCUCCCCCCACUACCUCCAACAGCAGCACCAGUUACUCGGAGAGGGAUGACAGCAGCAAUCAGAACGGAAUAGUUGCACAUAUUGUGGGGGACCUUCCUUCUGGGAUAAAUGAAGUAAAAAGUGAAGGGACACAGGCCAACGGACCUUCUGUCCACAACCAGGAGCCACCUGCCUUAGACAAAGACACUAACGGUUGUAGCAAACAGGACUCUUUGAGCGACGGCAGAAGCACUGCUGGCGAAGAAAGUGAAAACGGCAAGCAUGAGGAAAGCUACGACAAGUCUGCGAAAAGACGGAGGAUUGAGAAUGAUUUGACCAGUGAAAUAGAGAAUGCUGGCACUUCUGAGCAAGGGACCAGUACUCCUGUAAAGCCUGAAGAAACUUUACAACAGAAUGACUGAAAUUGCUGAAUAAGGCUUUCAAAGAGCGAAACCAAAUUCUGAACCGAAUACAAAGAUGGGCUUCCGGGACCUAUAGGGUUCACCAGUGCUAGAAGAAAUCAUUUGAUUGUAUUGAAUAUGUACCUACAACCCACAUUUUGUUUUCUAUCCAUAAGUAAUGUUGCUGUGAGAGCUACAUUAUGCCCUUUCAAAGACCUGUCUAAAUUUUAAAAUAUUUCCUGUUUGUACCACAAAUUCUUGGUAAUAUUUUUAUAUGGAAAAUAUAUUUAUAUUUUUAUUAAGCAUAUCAUAAUACUAAAUGCUCUUAAGCCAUUUUAUGCAAGAGGUCACUGUUUGGCAAACCAGGUAUCUCUUGCAUUGAAAAUAGGGAUACUGGAGCUUUAAAGGCACAAGAUCUUGCACUUUUUUGUACAAGUGUAGCAAUCGGGCUACAUGUCAUUAAAGCAAAUAAGAAGCUAGAACUCCUGGAAGCCUUACACAGACCCUCUUGUUUUUAUAGGAAAAAAUAAGCCUGUGGGCAUCCAUAAGGUUUGUUUAUAUUAUCAUCUUGACAUCAGUGAUGUCCUGUAUAUUACUGAUUAUUGGGCAGAAGAAAUACAAACUGUAUUUUUCCAGAUUCUUUGUAGACUUUGAAAGUUUUUUUAGAAAGUACUUAUUGAGAUCUGUAAAGUUUGUAUAGUUUUCUUACUUUGUACAGUUCUUACUUUCAUUAUGAGAGACAAAAAUGAUACUAAAUAUUGAUGUGAAUCUCUAUUGGCAUUUUAUUUUACUUGAUAGGCUGUCAUUUUCAGGAUCCAGCUUUCUAGACACCUUAAUUGUGCUAUCAUGUUCAUUGACAUUCCUUAUUCCUAAAACUGAUCUUGCACAUAUGUUCCUUUAUGAAACCAAAAUGUAAUUUGCAGUUGAUUUGCAAGAUAAAAUGUUGGAUUGGUAUUUGUAUGGGACAUCAUUCUAAAAUAGAACUAGCUUAGUGCAAUACACUCACUUUCCUCUGAAAGUACUGCUAAAAUGAUACCAAUCACUGCAACAGUGUGUUCAUAUUCCAGUUCAAAUCCAAAUGCUGCUGCUGUUAAACUAGCAUGUAUUAUGUUGCUAUUCAUCAGUCACCACUAGUUCCACGGCCAGAAUGAUGUAAUAUACUAAGGCUGUGUUGGCUCAUUUGUAUGCUAAAAUAGCUUAACUGUUCUAUAUUAGUUUGCUGCUGUCUGGAUGUCUUGAAAUAGUUUUUCGUACUUCUUGCUUUAACUUGCAUAAAUGGAGUUUUAAUUAUGCAGUUUGUCUUAAAGCUUUACCUCUGAAAUAAUGUUCAUUGACUUAUUUAAGUUAUAAUUCUACUCUGGGUUUUUUUCUGAUGAAUUGUGCAUUUUUUUCCAUAAAGCAACUUGUUAAUUAAAACA